CAGUGCAUUAUUUCCCGGAGCCUUCCUUUCCUUCCCUGUGCAGCUCGGGUCCAGCAGGGAGGAAUCUCCGUCUGCUGCUGCUGCUGCUGGCCGGGGACCCCCUGAAGUCAGGAGAGGGGGUGCAGAGAGAACCGCCAGGGGUCAGGCUGCCAUGGCUCCCAGCACAGCCCAGACCUGCCCCCCGCCCCCCUCCCCAGGUGCAUGCAGAGUCCCGGGGGAGUGAGUGGCACUUGCACCAGCAAGGAGGGUGCCCUCAGCCAGGGACGGGAUGCUCUCACUCCAAUGGACGUAAAGCCCCCGGCCGCCGAGAGAAUGAAGUAACCGUGAUGGAGCCGGUAUCAGCCUCGGGCUCCAAACUCAGAGCAGCCGCGUCCAGGGGGAGAUCGCUCUUUGUUUGGAUUAUUUUAUAUAUUACCUGUUGCCUGGAUAUUUCUCAGGGAAUAGCUGAAGAUGUGGACGUUCUUCAGAAGUUGGGCCUCAUGGGAAGCAAGCCAUCCAGUCGCCCAGUUCCCGAAGGGGUCAUACCAUUCAAGUCGGGAGUCAUUCUGACACAGCGAGCGCGUAUCGAAGCUCCGAUUCACGCCGUCAUACCGCCAAGCUUAGGAACUGAUCUCACUCUGGUGCUAAGCCUCUGCUCCCACCGAAUUAACAAUGCCUUUUUAUUUGCUGUCCGAAGCAAAAAGAAGAAACUUGAGCUCGGGUUGCAGUUUAUCCCGGGUAAAAUUAUAGUGUACGCGGGUCACAAGCAGUCUGUAUAUUUUGAUUACAAUGUCCAUGAUGGGCAAUGGCACAAUAUGGCUGUUGAUAUUCAAGGCCAAAAGGUGACUCUAUAUACUUCUUGUGGGAAGCAAAGAGUUAAUGCCAGUCUGCAUGUAACGAAAGGUGACGCAUUGGAUCCCGAUGGGGUGUUCACGCUGGGGAAGCUGAACCAGCAGACUAUACAAUUUGAAGGUGCUAUUUGCCAGUUUGAUAUUUAUCCUCCCGCCAAGGCAGCUCAUAAUUACUGUAAAUAUCUCAAGAAGCAGUGCAGGCAUGCUGAUACCUACCGGCCGAAUCUGCCACCUCCCUUUCCACUGACACCCCAAGAAGCCAGUAUGCCUGUGGGCACCCAGAUAGCUUUUAAAUCCCUAGCUAACAUCAGCACCAGUUCUCCUCCAACGCAGAAACUAAUCAAAACAAACUUGACGAUCGCCAUCAAAGUUAAGGCUCCUCCCGCGAAGUUAACUACAAAAGCACCUGCCGUACUGCCCGUAACGUCGCCAUCCACCCACAGGACUGACACACAGCUCUCGCCAAGUGUCACAACCAGGACUUCCACCGUGGCCCUCAGGAUAUCUGCACCUGUUACUACUUCACCGGGUAAACCUCUGCUCUCUGUCACUAAACACGUUGCGGCACACGGCCAGAACAGUACAAAGGACAAGAGGUCCCAGCCCCUGGAAAAAGUCACCAAGAAAACAGUCUACCAAAAAACAACCGCCAGGCCUCCAGCUUCAUCUGUCACUUCUAAGCAGGUUAGGAAGAUCACCGUAAGCCCGAGGAGUACAAAUACCACCUCCCUAAAGCAAGCAUUGCAGAAGAGAACUAGUAUUCCUACCGUAAAGCAGCAUACUUCCUUGGACCUGAAAAUUUACCCAACUACCACCUCAGUAUUUUACACAAAACCAGGAGCCGGGUCCUUCCACAUGUCCUCAUCCACGUUUACCAGUAUGCCUGCUACCUAUGAUUAUCUAUGGCUUGAUCCAACUGCAUUUCCGGAUUUGAUCGGACCCCCUGGGGCCAAAGGAGAUCAAGGUGCCUCAGGACCACCUGGUCCUCCAGGACUUCCUGGACCACCUGGCAAAAGAGGGCCAAGGGGCCCUCCUGGUCCACAUGGAAAUCCUGGCCCACCCGGACUUCCCGGUCCAAAGGGUCAAAAAGGUGAUCCUGGCAUCUCUCCAGGGAAAGCUUUGAAUGGACUGAAGGGAGACCCUGGUUUGGCUGGUCUGACGGGCGUUCCUGGCCCUCUGGGUCGGAAGGGACAAAAGGGCUAUCCUGGACCCCAAGGUCAUCCUGGUGAACAGGGAGAGCAUGGACCGGAUGGAAGCCCAGGGGCCAAAGGUUAUCCUGGCAGGCAGGGAUUACCGGGACCGAUAGGAGCUCCGGGACCGAAGGGAAGUCGGGGUUUUAUCGGCCUUCCGGGAUUAUUCGGGCUGCCUGGAGCCGAUGGAGAACGCGGUUUGCCUGGAGUUCCCGGGAAGAGGGGCACCAUGGGUAGGCCGGGAUUUCCUGGUGACUUCGGAGAGAGGGGUCCCCCGGGACUUGACGGCAACCCCGGAGAGUUGGGUCCUCCAGGUCCUGCCGGAGUCCUCGGAUUCAUUGGGGACAUGGGUGCUGUUGGAUCUAUUGGUUACAUGGGACCCAAAGGUUUGAAGGGGCUGCCGGGGAACGCAGGAGAAUCUGGACUGAAAGGUGAUAAGGGCGUUCAGGGAUUUCCAGGGAUACCCGGAGAUAUUGGAUUUCAAGGCGACAAGGGCGGGCAGGGCCUCCCUGGACAACCAGGGCCUCGCGGGAAGACAGGACCUGUGGGUAAACCAGGAGAUAAAGGGUUUGCUGGGUUGCCAGGUCCUCCAGGGCCAGAGGGUUUUCCAGGGGACAUUGGGCCUCCAGGACAAAAUGGGCCGGAAGGUUUAAAGGGAAAACCAGGAGCCAGAGGAUUCCCGGGGCCCAGAGGACAGCCUGGGCAUGAGGGCGAUGAGGGACCUAUAGGCCCACCAGGAUCUCCAGGACUUGAGGGGUAUCCUGGCAGAAAGGGGUUCCCCGGUAUACCGGGAGCAGAAGGACCAAAGGGUGAGCCAGGAAACACAGGAAGAGCCGGGAAGAUUGGCGAACAGGGUCUUCCAGGAUUUGUUGGUCCUGUGGGGGAGACAGGAAUUCCGGGUGAAAAGGGUGAUCGUGGCAGUAUUGGCGCUCCAGGACCCCCAGGAGACAAGGGAUCGAUGGGUCACACUGGGAAUCCAGGGCCUGCCGGGCCUCCAGGCCCUCCUGGACCACCGGGUUUGCUUGGAUCACGCGGGUCGCAGGGCAUACGGGGCCCGAAAGGCCGCAGGGGUGCCAGAGGCCCUGAUGGACCAACGGGAGGACCUGGGCUACCAGGUACCAAGGGACCUCAUGGAAUACAGGGCAAAGAAGGACUGGUGGGACAACAGGGCAAGAUGGGAGAAAGAGGACUUGUCGGGCCACGAGGAUUUCCAGGAAUUCCAGGACCCUCUGGCCCACCUGGGGAGAAAGGAAUUCCAGGGAAUCCGGGGCCAUCAGGACCACAAGGACCCGUCGGGGCUUUGGGGGAAAUCGGACAUAAGGGACCUCCUGGGAAGAAGGGUGAGCCAGGACCACAAGGUGAACCAGGAAUGAAGGGAGAUAUUGGCCCACUGGGGAUUCCGGGAGAAAUUGGUCUCAUAGGCCAGAGAGGAGAACUUGGAUUAGAGGGAGACAGCGGUCUGAUGGGCCCCGAUGGAAUGAAGGGGGAAAAGGGCGAGCCAGGGCCUGAAGGGGAGAAAGGAGAAAGGGGCGUUGUGGGCUUAAUAGGAAAAGAUGGCCCCCCUGGUUUCAACGGAAUUCACGGUGUCAGAGGGGUGGAAGGUAAACCAGGAAAACAAGGCGAGAAGGGCCAACCAGGGCGCAAGGGAAACAAAGGUAUUCAAGGGCAUCUUGGAGAAACGGGUCUUCCAGGCAAAAUAGGACCUACAGGAAAUCAAGGCCCGAAGGGAAGUAGAGGCACCUUAGGGCCAGUGGGCUCCCCCGGGAGGAUGGGCGCACAGGGAGAGAUAGGAAUCCCCGGCUAUCAGGGACAUGCCGGCCCUUUAGGCCCAAUCGGAUCUCCAGGAGUAAAAGGCGAAAAGGGAGAGCAAGGGGAUGAUGGCAAGACGGAAGGUGCUCCGGGGGCACCUGGAGACAGAGGCACUGUAGGUGACCGCGGAGACCGAGGUGAACCAGGGGAUCCCGGAUAUGCUGGUCAAGAAGGACCAGAAGGCCCCAGAGGAAAAGCAGGACAACAGGGUUUACCGGGGCAUCCUGGACCAGCAGGUUUUCAAGGCUUACCAGGAUCCAAAGGUGCUGUGGGUUUAAAGGGCAAGCCAGGAAAAUCAGGAGAAACCGGUGCCCGUGGGCAGCCUGGAACAGUAGGGAUGGCCGGUCCUCGCGGGGUGGUAGGAAGACAAGGCCAUGAGGGGCCCCCAGGAUCUGAUGGAAUACCAGGGAAGGAUGGCAGUACUGGGCUUAAAGGAGAACAAGGAGAUGACGGGGAAGUCGGCCCUGCUGGCAUGUCUGGAAAGCGAGGAAACACGGGUGUGCCAGGCUUACCUGGGGCUCAGGGACCAUUUGGACUCAGGGGUGAAAGGGGAUUACCCGGUGAAGUAGGAGUUCCCGGAAUACGCGGCGUGGAAGGCGUCAUGGGACCUCAAGGCGCCAAAGGAGAGCGGGGAACAAAAGGCCAGCCGGGUGACCCUGGGGAAACUGGAUUUCCUGGCAUUGCUGGACUGUUCGGACCAAAGGGACCUCCUGGUGACAUUGGGUAUAGGGGCAUUCAAGGGCCUAAAGGACCUUCUGGUUUAAUGGGUAAUGAAGGAGUCAGUGGUCCAAUGGGAAUUGUCGGUCCUACUGGAAACCCAGGCCCUAUAGGAGACAAAGGAACACAAGGGGAUACAGGAUUGCCAGGCCCGCGGGGCCCUCCCGGUCCCCGUGGGAAGCCUGGACCACCGGGGCCACCCGUGUUUUUGGAAUCCUUUAGAACUGAAGACAUCAGUGACACUUACCAAGCUCUAAUGGACUCCACCGGGCAGUCCUACCGGAGUACCGACUUUAUGCUUGUGGACCACGGAGGAGAAAUUUUUAAGACCCUACACUACCUCAGUAGCCUCAUUCAGAGUAUAAAAAACCCACUGGGUACGAGAGACAACCCAGCCCGAGUCUGCAGAGAUCUGAUGAAUUGCCAACAGAAGAUGGGAGAUGGCACUUACUGGAUUGACCCCAACGUUGGCUGUUCUUCUGAUACUAUUGAAGUCUCGUGUAACUUUACACAAGGUGGUCAGACGUGUCUCAGGCCUCUGACUACAUCCAAGUUGGUGUUUGAUAUUGGCCGGGUUCAGAUGAAUUUCCUUCACCUCCUGAGUUCUGAAGCGGUACAGCACAUAACCAUCCACUGUCUGAACAUCCCUGUGUGGGGCGUCACCUCCGACAAACUCACCCAGAAUGCUGUGCGAUUCAAGGCCUGGAACGGGCAGAUAUUAGAGGCGGGAGGCCAGUUUCAGCCAGAGGUCACGCUGGAUGAUUGCAGGUUGCAAGAUGGACGUUGGCAUCAAACAAUCUUUACCUUUCGGACACAGGACCCAACUCAGUUACCAAUCAUCGACGUGUUAAAUCUCCCCCCAUCCAAACCUGGGAAGAACCUUCACUUGGAAGUCGGGAGCGUCUGUUUCUUGUGAGACUUUACGCUGGUUCCACAUCCCUCAGACCUCUGAACCAGCAACUUCGGACCUUACACGACCUCUUAUCUUAAACAAAUAAAUGGUGCAGAAUGACUCACAAACACCGUAGAGCUAAUCACAUUCACCUGGAGCCUCACCUGGAGCCCCCCAGUGCCACAGCAGAACUGACACUUGGGGGAGGGGGUGGCAGGAGACUGAAAUGAAUCCUUACGCACAGGGCUGACACUCGCUGGACAAGCGUGUUAGCCAAAAAAAAUACAGAAGAGACGAGGUCCAGCAGUCGCAACGUGUGAGAGACAAAACACAUGAAACCAAUUUUUUUUUAUUUUUUUUUUAAAUCACCGUUCACCAGUUAUCCGCCCCUUCUGCCAGGGAGCUGGUAACAGACCAUGCGGUUUGGGUAAUCCAGGCAGAAAGCAUUGUGAAGUGCAAUAUAAAAUAAUGUGUAAAGAAAAAUAAUAAAAAAACAAACAUAAUAUAAAUGUUAUUUAAUAAAAAAUAAGUGUAGAAGCUUCCCACCUUUUUUUUCCUGCAAUGGAUCAAGGAAAUAAAAAGCUUUUUUGUAUGAAGAGACGUGACUGGUUCAACGUGAGGCAAGGCCAACCGGUGCUACCCCCACUGUGAAAAUCUCUGGUGCUUUGAAGCUUUUUUUUAAUUAUUAUUAUUAUUUGAAGCUAUUUAAAGUUUCUGAAGGUGCUGAUGCCUUCCCACACACGUCUGUGGGAGGACGCCCAGCUUUCUUAUUUUAUUUUUUUUUAAUGGAAGGAAGCAAUUGUCGCUUCCUAAUGUACAGCCCCCUUCACUCCUGAGAGCUUAUGUUUAAAGAGUAUAAUCCAUAGAACGCUCCUACAUUACAGCAAACAGCCUGUUCGAGAGAGAGAGACGUAUUGACGCUGCAAGUGUUUACUUACCAUCAUAUAAGCAUUAAGACAAGCACUGAGAGCCUCCUUCUUAUACAGGCACAUCAACAAGGCCCUCUUACCUCUGCGGAUUUAGGAAAUGACAAGAUGUACUAAGAUCUUUUUAAAGUUUACAGUUUCUCCACAUACGCCAGUUCGUCAGAAUUACAGCAACACACAAUAUAAAAAUAACAAAAUCCUCUUAAUGUUAUAUCUUGGUAAAAUAAACCCUGCAGUGAGCAAACAAAGUAACUCAGGGAUGAAGGGGUAAAUAAAAAUCUAAAAUAAAUGGUAAAUUAAGAACAAAUUUUAUUUAAAUCGUGUUUAUAUAUAUUUUAAGGGAAUAUUUUUGUAGGCUUGCAUCCUGGUGAAAUUUGUACCAAAGUAAUUUUUCUGUCUAGAUUCCUUUGUAGAUUUAUUUCCCCCACCCCGCCUCUCUGCUUGGUUGUAUAAAUUGCUUUUUGAAGCUGUAUGUUUUUGUCUGUUUGUUGUUUUGUUUUUGUAACAAAAAGGUAUAGGCCAAACAUUUACUGCUGCUGUUGCCUGUGCAUUAUUCUCCGGCUCUGGUAUCUCACUUCAGAAAAGGAGGGACUAAUUUUUUUUUUAUUUAAUUACAUCCCUUGCUCCCCAAUUUCCCUUCCCUACACCCUUCUCUUUGCUCUGAUUAAAGAGAUUGUGUUGCUUUGAGACCCAACUGGCUUUGGAGUACGUUAUGUAGAAAGUUUAGUUUCUAUGUGUAAAUUUGGGGCUAAAGAUUAUUAUGUAUCUGUUGUGUUCUAUAUUAUAUUGUAACCUGUACUGUAUGGAGAAUACCAUGUUUUAUGUUUAGAAAGGUCUAUUGUUUGUUUGUUUUUUAGUCUUUUUUUUUUUUUUUGUUUCGUUUUGUUAUUUUCCAUCUUCCAUCAAAUUCCAUAAAAGUCGAGAUUCUUCCAAAUACCUCAACAUAUGAUAUUGGGGCUCUUUUCUCUUGCUAUUCUUUCCAUUGCAUAGUUUAUGUUGUCUCCUGUAUAAAUACUGCACCCACUCCCUUUCUUUAUCCUCAUCCUCAGCCCCAUGUCAUUUACCUGUUUCAGGGUGUUGGAUUUUUUUCACAUUCACUUUGUUUUAAGAAAAUAAAAUAAACAUUUCAGAACGAG